UGACGAAAACGAGAAGAAGAAGAAAAAAAAGAAGAGCUCAAUGGAGUCUCACUUGAUCGUCCCGUCCAUGGCUCUUCUGAUCUCCAUCUCCCUUCUCCUCCCUUCUUCCUUUGGCAGCGUGAUCUGUGAGGAUCUGCCGUUGGAUCUAUGUGCUUUCUCCAUCUCAUCAACAGGCAAACGUUGUCUUCUGGAGAUGAGUUUCCCCAAUAUGGAACAUGAAUAUCAAUGCACGAUGGCAGAUGUGAAAGUAGAAAGAAUUUCAGAUUGGAUUGAAACGGAUGACUGUGUAAAGGCUUGUGGUGUUGAUCGGAGUGCGGUCGGCAUAUCAUCAGACGACUUUCUUCAGCCGCGCUUCACUGCUAAGCUUUGCUCAUCAGCGUGUUAUCAGAGUUGCCCAAAUAUUGUUGAUCUCUACUCAAACCUUGCGGCAGCAGAAGGUGUCUACCUUCCGGACUUGUGCGAGGCCAGACGGUUGAACACUCGGCGGUCCAUAGUGGAGCUCAGAUCCGGCGUCGCAACCGGUCCGGCUGCUUCAGGCCUCGUCGCCGUUGCUCCGUCUACGGCAUAGUAAUCACUUGAGAUAUCUAUUAUCUGUGUCGGCUCUUAUUUAAAGACUGAAAGUGGAGUACUAUAGAGAUAUGUAAGGAGUUAGAAAAACUAAAAUAAUUAAUUUUAGAUGAAAUAGUUUCAUUUAUUUGCUAUCACAAUUUUAAUGGCAUGA